UCUAAAAAAUGAAAAAGAAAAGAAUCUAGUGCUUCUAUUUUCCGCCCACAUAUGUAUAUGUUUUACUUUUUACCUGCUACCUGUUGCAUAUGAGAAACUUUUUUGGGUGUGUCCUUGAAAGUUUUAAGGUUUCCACUACUAUUUCGCUAAUGGCAUACAUAUAUUAAUUAUUGUUAGUGUAUUGUGGAUAUUUAUUUUCUAAGUUUGAGAAGUUUAUACAAUUGAGUACCAUAUGUUAUACAAUCCCGUUGCAUAAACCUUAAGAAAAUAAUUAAAUUGUUAAAAUAUUUCACUUGUAGUUAUUAAUACGAAAUGUUGGUUCAAAGAGAUACCUGGUACUUGCAUAAAGUAGAGAUGAAGUUUUUUUGGGAAAAGGUUAUUUCUGGCUUUGGAUUAAACUUCCCACUUAUAUACGAUGUAAAUAAUUUUGCAAAUAUUCGAUAAGUUUGAAGCCACCACCGAAUUACGUGUAAAAUGUUGCCUACAUCUAGGCAUAUUUCUAGUAAAAAUUGUAAGAUAUAUUCAUUUCAAAUCUUCAAGAUAAUUAACAUAUAUAUAUUUCCGUAUGUAAAUUAUGUUCAAACUGCAACCUGAAAUAAUAUGCGUAUGUAAUACUCAAUCUGUUUUGAAAUCAUAAAUUAGUAUUUUUUUAACUGCAAAAUUUGAUUGGUUCUUUAUUUAACUGACAGAUGGCGCUCAAUGACAAACUUUUCGACUUUUAUCGAUAAAAUUUAGAUCCUAUACUCUUUGUUUGUUCUUUGGGUCUUGAUUUCUGAUAAAAUAAGUUCCUCAUUCUCUGUUUCUAAAUAAGGCCACUGUGAAAAUAGUAUAAUUUUGGAAAAUUUUUGUUACCGCAAAUUAAAGAACUCCCUGUCGCGAGAUUUUUGGUCGAUUUGAACACAUAAAAUUAUGUUUAUGAAGAUAGAAUAAGGUCGAUAAUUUACUCUAAUUGUCAUAUACACAAGGACAUAAAGUUCUUUAGUUUGACUCUAUGCCAUAUUAGUUUAAAUUACGUGGACCUAAGUCGACCUGUUUUGUGAAGCAUGUGUCUUUCGGUGCCGAAAUUGGAUGAAAUCCCAGAAAUAUCCUUGUGUUAAUAUUUAAAGUUCAUAUAUAUGCAUAUGUUACAUCUUUUUAUUCUAUUCUAUAUAUGUAUAUUCAGUCUAUUAACUAAAAAUUUCCAAAAAAAACAAAUAAUGGAAUAUAUUCGGGAUAUUUCAUUAUUCUAUAUUAUUGAACUCUCACUUAAAAAAGGGUUUUCGUUGUCGGUUUCUUUUGUUAUACGUUUAUUGCCACUAAUAACAACAUAUGCUGAACAAUUUUUACCUAAAUUUUAAGCUUUGAGUUGUUCUAAAUAACAGAACAGUUAUAAUCGUCUACACCUAAAUUCUUUAAUGUACAAAAGUUUUGUCUGAGUGAGUUGGGUUUAACACGAGUUCUAAACCGAAUAUCAAAAAACUUAAUUUUUUGUAUAAAAAGGUAAUGAAUUCUCAGAGCUCACUUAGUUAAAUUCAGUGAUUUCACAGCAUAGAUCACAUCGAGAGCUACUCCAUUACCUUUUCGGAGUUUUUUUUUUAAGAUUUACUUAUCUUUAACAUGGGUGGGAUGCAAUCUAGAAGACGCACUUCAUACUCCCAAACACCAAUUGUUAAAUAUCGAAAAGCAUAUAUUGAGGAACCGCUAGGACGCUGUUCGACAUUUUACGACAUAUCAAGCUGCACUGCUCCUAUCAUAACACCGUUGAAACGUCAAAAGUACGACCCGACUUAUUCCAUAUGGAAGAGCGCAUUUGAAGAUAAAAACGCACGCAGCCCACGUACACUUUUACCCAUAAAAGAAGAUGAUGCAGCUUUGCAGAAUAUUACAGAUGCUGUGGCCGGUCAGUGUACUCCCAAAGGCUUCCCAUCAUUUACAGAGUUGAGAGAAAGUAUGCGCCGUAAGAAGACAGUGAAAUGCCAAGACGCCAGUGAAAUUUUCGAAAUAAAAUUUCAUAUCACAUCAGCGCUGCCGAAACCAGAUUGCAAACUGAAUACAAAGAAGAAAUGUGUAGAUUCAGUGACAGCUGUAGCACCAUCGAUUGAAAAAGUUGAAGCCCCCGAAAAUUGUUUUCAUACUGCUCUCAACGUUUUUGAUUUCCACUUCUCGAAUGAGAAUGUAUUUGACUAUAUUGAUUUAGAUGUUGGAGAGAAUAUAUAUCCAUGUGUGGAGACGUCCAGCCAACUAAGUGUUUACAGUGAUUUAUAAGAUCUACCUGCCUUACUUGUAAAGUAAUGAUAAUAAUGUUAAAAUAAUAUAUCUUUUUGUAUUUUAACUUUUUUUUGUAUUUUGUAACUGUUUAUUAUUCUAUAUAUUUAUGAUAAAGUUUGUAACAUCCAGAAGAAAUAUAUAUAUGAAUGUCGAGCUGAGUCGAUUUAGCCAUAUCUGUCUGUCUGUGGAUCUGUUUAUCUGUAUAGUAAUCUGUAACUGUCCGAAUAUUUUGCUACCUGGUGUAUUGUUAAAGGUGUUUUUGAAAAUGUUCUUAAUUUUUGUUUGGUUAAUGUUUUACAUAUGUUUUUCUUUGUUUAUGGAAUGCCCAAAAUAUGUAUCUAUGGUACAUAUUUCCCAGAAUUGAGGAGAUUGUGCGAUUCAUGUGUAUUAUCAUACAUUCCUUGAAACAAUUUAUAAUGACCUUUAUUGCACAUUUUAACAGUUUAGAAUAAAUGGAAAUCAAGUUUAA